CGGCCUAGGCCUCGCUGGUGGACUCUGCUUCCCGUGAGCCCCCGCGCUGACUUCCGGCGGGGCGGUGGCGGCCGGGCCGUGAUGGAGGCCGUGCCCCGCAUGCCCAUGAUCUGGCUGGAUCUGAAGGAGGCCGGGGAGUUCGCGUUCAACGCCGCCGUCAAGAAGUUUGUCCUGAAGAACUAUGGGGAGAACCCAGAGAACUACAAUGAGGAGCUGCGGAAGCUGGAGGUGCUCCGGCAGAGUGCUGUGAACGUGCCUAGGGACUUCGAGGGCUGCAGCACACUGAGGAAAUACUUUGGCCAGCUCCACUACCUGCAAAGCCGGAUCCCCAUGGGCGCCGAGCAGGAGGCUGCAGUCCCCAUUGCAUGGACAGAGAUCUUUUCAGGCAAGACGGUGACUCAUGAGGACAUCAAGUAUGAGCAGGCUUGCAUCCUGUACAACCUGGGUGCACUGCACUCCAUGCUGGGCGCCAUGGACAAGAGAGUGUCUGAGGAGGGCAUGAAGGUGUCGUGCACCCAUUUCCAGUGUGCUGCCGGUGCCUUUACCUACCUGCGGGACCACUUCCCCCAUUCCUACAGUGUAGACAUGAGCCACCAGAUCCUCAACCUCAACAUCAACCUCAUGCUGGGCCAGGCACAGGAGUGUCUGCUAGAGAAGUCCAUGCUGGACAACAGGAAGAGUUUCCUCGUGGCCCGGAUCAGUGCUCAGGUGGUGGAUUACUACAAAGAGGCCUGCCGGGCUUUGGAGAACUCAGAGACAGCCUCAUUGCUGGGAAAGAUCCAGAAGGACUGGAAGAAGUUGGUUCAAAUGAAGAUCUACUAUUUUGCUGCUGUGGCCCAUCUGCACAUGGGCAAACAGGCCGAGGAGCAGCAGAAGUUUGGAGAAAGGGUCAUCUACUUCCAGAGUGCACUGGAUAAACUCAAUGAAGCUAUCAAACUGGCAAAGGGACAGCCAGAAACUGUCCAGGAAGCCCUGAGAUUCACCAUGGAUGUGAUCGGUGGCAAGUACAACUCAGCUAAAAAAGACAAUGACUUCAUCUACCACGAAGCUGUGCCUGCCUUGGACACCCUGCAGUCUGUGAAAGGUGCUCCACUGGUGAAAGCCCUCCCUGUCAACCCCACAGACCCCGCUGUUACCGGCCCUGAUAUCUUCGCCAAGCUGGUGCCCAUGGCUGCCCAUGAGGCUUCUUCACUGUACAGUGAAGAGAAGGCCAAACUGCUGAGAGAUGUGAUGGCAAAGAUUGAAGCCAAGAACGAAGUGCUGGACCAGUUCAUGGACUCCAUGCAGCUGGACCCUGAGACAGUGGACAACCUGGACAUGUACAGCCACAUCCCCCCCAUCCUGAUGGAGAAGUGCGCCGCACUCAGCGUGCGCCCUGACACCAUCAAGAACCUCGUCCAGUCCAUGCAAGUGCUCUCCGGGGUGUUCACCGACGUGGAGGCCUCGCUGAAGGAGAUCCGGGACCUGCUGGAGGAGGACGAGGCGCAGGAGCGGAAGCUGCAGGAGCUGCUGGGGAAGGGUUCAGCGCCACAGGGCUCCCCGCCAGCAUCCACGGGGCUGGCUGAGGUCAGCAAGGAGUGCUCCAAGUACAUGGAGGUGCACGAGAAGGCCAGCUUCACCAACACGGAGCUGCACAAAGCCAUGAACCUGCACAUUGGCAACCUCCGCCUGCUCAGUGGGCCGCUGGAGCAGGUCAAGGCUGCGCUGCCCUCACCCACACUGAGCGAAGAUGACAAACAGGUACUGCAAAACCUGAAGAAAAUCCUGGGCAAGGUGCAGGAGAUGAGGGACCAGCGCAUGUCCCUGGAGCAGCAGCUGCGGGAGAUGAUCCAGAAGGACGAUAUCACCACCUCGCUGGUCACCACGGACCGCUCCGAGAUGAAGAAACUCUUUGAGGAGCAGCUGAAGAAGUACGACCAGAUCAAGGUGUACCUGGAGCAGAACCUGGCUGCCCAGGAGAACAUCCUGAAGGCCCUGACAGAUGCCAAUGUCAAAUAUGCAGCUGUGCGCAAGGCCCUGGCCGAGGUGGAGCACAAGUGGAACACCACCGUCCAGACCUUGGUGGCCUCCUACGAAGCCUAUGAGGACCUGAUGAAGAAAUCCCAGGAGGGGAAGGACUUUUACACCGACCUGGAGGGGAAAGCUGCCAAACUGCUGGAGAAGGCGCGGGCGGCCUGCCAGGCUGCGGAGAGCAACAGGCAGCAGAUCCUGGAGAAGGAAAUGAAGAAGCACCCGCCCCCUCGUCCCACAGCCCCCAAACCCGCCCUGCAGAAGAAGCUGCCGGAGCUGGAAGCGGAGGGGCCGGAGGUGGGCGACCUCCCCCCGCUCAGCUCCCUGAGCUUGGCCGACCUGCCCGAGGACCUUCGCAGUCUCCCCCCCGACGUUCUGGCCGCGCACCUGGCCCGGCUGCCGCCCUCCACUCUGGCCGCUCUCGCCCUCGACCCUGCGCUCCCCGCCGGGCUGCGGCCCCCCGGCCCCGACCCGUUUGCUGCCCCCCGGAUGGCGAGCGCCCCGCUGCAGCCCGUACAGCCCGUACAACCCGUACAGCCCGCCCAGCCCUUCGCCCCGCCGCGUUUCCCCGCCGUCCCCCCCGGUCCCUACGCGCUGCCCCCGGUUCCCGCUGCCGGCCCGGCUCCGUUUCCCCACGUGUCCGUCGCUCCGGUGCUGCCGGCUCAGCUCCUCCAUCCGUCCGCCCCGCAUGUUCCCGUGCCGCCCCCCAGCUCGGCCCCCUCCUCCGCCCCCCAGCUCUUCCCGGUGCUGCGGGGCGCGGUGCAGCCCGGCCCGGCGCUGGUUCCGCCCGGUUACUCGGUGCCCCCCCACCUGCUCCCCCCUCGCUCGUCCCCGCAGCACGGCGCCUCCUACGGCCCGACCCAACCGGGGCCGCCCCACCCCGGCCCCGUCCGCCCCCCGGCCGCGGUUCCGCCCCCCGAGCAGAGCGGGGCCGCCCGCCCGGCCACCACCACGGUGGACACGGUGCACGCUCCCAUCUCCAGCUGCGCGCUCCCCGCUCCCGCAGCGCCCCCCGGCGGCUUCGUGCCCCCGCAGCGCCCGCCCGGCCCCGCCGCCCCGUUCCCCCCAUUCGGUUCGCAGGCUCCGUUCUCUCACUCUGCCCCGUUCCCCGCAGCGCAGCCCCCCGCCGCCUUCCCUCCCCCCUCGGAUCUCCCGGUCCGCCCCCAUCCCGUCCCCGCCCCGCAGCCGUUCCCCCCCGCGGCGGCCGCUCCGUUCCUCCCCCCGUCCCGCCCGCAGGUCUCGCUGCCCUUCCAGCCCCCGGCCCGGCCGCCCUUUGCCCCGCAGCCCUUUACGGGCGCGGUGGGGCAGCCCCCGCUGCGGCCCCAGCUCUACCCGCUGCCCCCCGGGCCGGACAAGCUGCCGCCCCCCGGGCUCCCCCCGCACGGCGGUUCCGUCCCGUUCGGUACCGCGGUGCCCGGACCCCCGGCUCAGAGCGGCCCGAUGGCUCAGCCCGUACCCGGCGCUUUGCAGCCCGUGCCCGGCGGUUCCCCGGCUCUGCCCUUCUGCCCCAGCCCCGCCGCCCCCAUGAGACCCCCGCAGCCCGCCCCGUCUCCCGGUCCCGUCCUGGGCCACGUUCCCGGCCCCGUGGUGGUGCAGUGCCCCCUCGUCCCCUCCCCGGCCCCGUCCCCGCAGCCCCCCGUGCAGCCGCCGCCGCUGGUUCCCGGCGCGGUGCCGCACCGACCCCCGCCGCCCCUGACCCCCGCUCCGGGCUCGGCCGAGUCCCCGUUCCAGCGGCAGAGCUCCGCCACCGACGACCUCCUGUCGUCCAGCCCCGAGAGCCAACACGGCGGCUCCAAGGCGGCGGUGGGGCAGCCCCUAUUGCAGCCCACCAAGGCGGACGCCAAGGAGGGGCAGAAACCCAAAGCGGUGCAGCUCAUCGAGAACGACCCCUACGAGCGGCCCGAGCGGGUGCAGCGGCUGCGGGCCGAGCUGGAGCGGUUCCGAGCGCUGCUGCAGCGCCUGGAGCUGCCGGAACCCGGCGGAACCGCGGAGCUGGACGCGCUGUGGAAGGAGCUGCAGGACGCCCAGGAGCGCGACGCCCGGCAGCUCUCCAUCGCCAUCGCCCGCUGCUACUCCAUGAAGAACCGGCACCAGGACAUCAUGCCCUACGACAGGAACCGCGUGGUGCUGCGCUCGGGUAAGGACGACUACAUCAACGCCAGCAGGGUGGAGGACCUGUCCCCGUACUGCCCCACCAUCAUCGCCACGCAGGCUCCGCUGCUCGGCACCGCCGCAGACUUCUGGCUGAUGAUCUACGAGCAGAAGGUGUCGGUGGUCGUGAUGCUGCUGUCGGAGCAGGAGCUGGACAAGCAAAAGGUGCUGCGCUAUUUCCCGACGGAGCGGGGCCAGCCGCUGGUGCACGGUCCCAUCACGCUCGUCCUCAGCAGCGUGAAGGCGGCUCCGACGCACGUGGAGCGGAUGAUCACGCUGCAGUACCGAGACCAGAGUCUGAAGAGAACCGUCAUCCACCUGCAGUUCACGUCCUGGCCGGAGCUGGGUCUGCCCGACAGCAAAGCGAGUCUGCUGCGCUUCAUCCAGGACGUGCACGGCCACUACCUGCACCAGCGCCCGCUGCACACCCCCAUCGUGGUGCACUGCAGCUCUGGCGUGGGCCGAACCGGCGCGUUCUGCCUGUUGUAUGCGGCCGUGCAGGAGGUGGAGGCUGGGAACGGCAUCCCUGAGCUGCCGCAGCUGGUGCGGCGCAUGAGGCAGCAGCGCAAACACAUGCUGCAGGAGAAGCUGCACCUGAAGUUCUGCUAUGAGGCCGUCCUGCAACACGCCGAGCAGCUGCUGCAGCGACACGGAGGGGGUGCUCCGACAGCUCCUAAAGCCAACAGCGCGUCCCCGAAGCUGUACUUCCAGCAGGACCCGCAGGACCUGGUGCUGGGCGGGGAUGUGCCCAUCAGCUCCAUCCAGGCCACCAUCGCCAAACUCAGCAUCAAACCAGCAGGAGGGGGGGAAUUGGGGCCGGGCUGGGGGCCGGAGGUCGCCCCGGUGCCCAAUGCGGCGGAGCUGCCGGUGCUGCCCGACAGCGAGACGGACGGACGGGACGGGACGGACGGGGGCUGCGGUGCCGCCAUCCCCGAACCGGUGCCGGUACCGGAACCACCGGCUGAGGCCGAGAGCACCAACCACAUGGAGGAUUCGACCCCCCCGGCACCUCCUGCUGCCCCCCCAGCGCCCACGUCCUCCCUGGAGCUGCUGGCAUCCCUCACCCCCGAGGCCUUCACGUUGGACGCGUCGCUGAAGGGCAAACAGCGCAUGAACAAGCAGAACUUCCUGCAGGCGCAGACGGGCGAGGGGCUGCGGGCGCCCCGACCCAGCGAUGACCCACUCAGCAUGUUGGACCCGCUCUGGACACUCAACAAGAGCUGAGGGGGCUCAGCCCCAAUCCCCCCAUAGCAGCACUACAGCCCGCAGCUGUGCGGUCACACGGGCGGUUCAGUGCGGGCACAACUGACUUUUGCAGCUGUUUGCUACUAAAAUAAAGGGUUCCGAAUGGCACUGAA